AUGUUUUGAAGGUCAAGUUGUAUCAUUGCAGGAGACCAUCUUCAGCUUCCCUGAGAGGAAAGGGUUGGGAAGAACCUGUAUGGAGAUGAAAUUAGAUCUAUGAUCAUUGUAAUCAACUUUAUUACAAUCAUUUACUGACCUAAGCUUAUAUGAAAACAAUAAUCCAAAUUAAUUUCUGUACAGCUCACAUACUAUGUAACAUGGAAGAGAAAGGAAGGAUGAAGAAGAUGACACACUGAGUGAAGAUGAAGCUGAGAUUGCUACUUUGCAAGGGCGUAGAAGUCUCAACUGUUGAUGGUUUCCAAGGUUCAGAGAAGGAAGCCAUUGUCAUUUCCACGGUUCGAUCAAACUCAACCAAUUAAAGAGGUAGGGUUUCCAAGUGACUGUAGGGGAAUGAAUGUGGCUGCAACACUAGUGUCUAUGACAUGGAAACAUUUGUUGACGGAUUCUUUAAUUGAUUUGGCUGAGCACUUUGAGGAGAAUGAUGAGUAUCUAAGUGGCUCUGGAUUCUGUAAUUAUUUCUUUGCAGUGGCCUGCUGCAGUGUUUAUCCUGUGGUGUAUGGGUUUGAGUACCUCUUUGUGCUCUCAUUCAAUGAAAUCAAAGAAGGGAUGAUGUGUGUUUUAAAUAUUGGGAUUGACAUUGAAGCAGAGGAGAAAGUAGGAAUGGCGGUGGAGGUUGAGGAGGAAAUAUCUGCUGUCACGCUGCAGCACUCCAUCGCAACCAUGACUCCUCCACUCAAUUUGGAGGGACAAGGACGCCAAAUUGCUGUUUUCAUAGCCAUCUUUUGUGUUUGUUGAUAACUUAUCUCUUCAAAGACUUAGAAAUAGGAGUACUUGUUAGUGGAGUGAAUAGAGAAUCUGAUUGUUGGGGUUUUGGAACCAUGGGAUAUGGAAGUAUAGAAUGUCUUUUUCAGAUGCGCACCAAGUAUUCGAUCAAUUGCCUAAAUGGAUUUUCAGUUGUCUUGCUAACUGGAAUAUAGUUAUGCUGCAAUAAUGUACAAGGGUUCCAAUAAAAUUCCCUUUUUGCU